UAUCUCACCAUCCGGGUCAGGUAAAGUUACUGAGUGGAGGGGCUGCCUUGCAGCGGCGACUCAAGCUAGAAAUUGCUGGAGCCUGUCAACAGACCGGAUUUUGUUGUAUCAAGUCAACGCUUUCACCUCCCUUCCCCCUCGGAGCGCGUUCUUUGACACCUGAAACCGAGCAAUCUCCGCGCGAUGGCUUCCAUGUUCGAGCAGCCGAGAAACGGCACAUUGUUUCUCGGCGGUCAAAAGAUCUCUGGUGCAGACAUUCGGGACCAAAAUGUUCUUGCUACGCAGGCGAUCGCAAAUGUGGUUAAGAGUUCUUUUGGCCCCAGCGGCCUGGACAAGAUGAUGGUGGACGAUAUCGGUGAUGUGACGGUGACGAACGAUGGCGCGACCAUCCUGUCUCUGCUUGACGUCGAGCACCCGGCAGGCAAGAUUCUAGUCGACCUUGCGCAGCAGCAGGACAAAGAAGUCGGCGAUGGCACGACAUCGGUUGUCUUGAUUGCGGCGGAGCUGCUUAGGAGAGGAAACGAGCUGAUGAAGAACCGGAUACACCCGACGACCAUCAUUACGGGCUACCGUUUGGCCCUCCGCGAGGCAGUAAAGUACAUGAACGAGCACGUUAGCAUCAAGGUUGAACACUUGGGGCGCGAGUCGCUAUUGAACAUCGCCAAGACGUCCAUGUCGAGCAAGGUCAUCGGUGCCGAUUCGGAUUUCUUUGCGAACAUGGUCGUCGACGCCAUGCAGGCCGUCCGGACGACGAACAACAAGAACGAGGUCAAGUACCCGGUGAAGGCGGUCAACAUUCUCAAGGCGCACGGCCAGGGCGUGCUCGAGUCGAUCCUGGUCAAGGGCUACGCGCUCAACUGCACGGUGGCCUCGCAGGCGAUGAAGACGCGGAUACAGGAUGCCAAGAUUGCCUGCUUGGACAUGAAUCUGCAGAAGGAGAAGAUGAAGCUCGGCGUUCAGAUCACCGUGGACGACCCGGACCGGCUGGAGCAGAUCCGGGCGCGCGAGUCGGGCAUGAUUAUCGAGCGGGUCGAGAUGAUCCUGAAGGCCGGCGCCAACGUCGUCCUUACCACCAAGGGCAUUGACGAUCUCUGCUUGAAGCUAUUCGUGGAGAGAGGCGCCAUGGCGGUGCGCCGGUGCAAGAAGGAGGACCUCCGCCGGAUCGCCAAGGCCACCGGGGCCACCCUGCUGAGCACGCUGUCCGAUCUGAACGGCGACGAGAAGUUCGAGCCCUCAUACCUCGGCCAUGCGGAGGAGGUCGUGCAGGAGCGCAUCUCGGACGACGAGUGCAUCCUGAUCAAGGGCACCAAGGCGCACUCUUCGGCCUCCAUCAUCCUUCGGGGACCCAACGACUUCCAGCUCGACGAGAUGGAGCGGUCCGUGCACGACAGCUUGUGCGCCGUCAAGCGGACGCUCGAGAGCGGGAGCAUCGUGCCUGGCGGCGGCGCAGUCGAGACGGCGCUGCACAUCUACCUCGAGGAGUUUGCCGGCACUGUGGGGUCACGGGAGCAGCUCGCCAUCGGUGAGUUUGCGCAGUCAUUACUCGUCAUUCCCAAGACGCUCGCAGUCAACGCCGCCAAGGACGCCUCGGAGCUGGUUGCCCAGCUGCGGUCGAGGCACGCGCUGUCGCAGCGGAUCCAGGAGGGCGAGGCGAACGAGGACGAGAAGACGGUGGCGCGCAAGAAAGCGUACAAGAACUACGGACUGGACCUGAUGAAGGGCAAGGUGGUGGACGAGAUCAAGGCGGGCGUGGUUGAGCCCAGCAUCAGCAAGAUCCGGCAGCUCAAGAGCGCGGUGGAGGCGUGCAUCAGCAUCAUGCGCAUCGAUACCCUGAUUAAGCUUGAUCCAGAGCCGCAGCCGGAGGAUGAUGGGCACGACCACUAGACAGGCAUGUCACUAGAACGGAGCAAAUGGAAGACUGGAAUGGCUGUCGAGAGUGCGCAGAUGCCAGGUCUCAGUUGACGGAGCGGCACGCCAGAGCCCAGCCCCCCAGGGGAAAUCGCCCUUGCUGAGGGCGUCACAAUUUCGGUACUUGCACCCAGGCAUGGAAAGGUAGGUCAGGUAAAUGUCCUCGGCGAGUUUCCAUGUUCUGGCACAUUCUGUGACCCCUUUUCC